CACAUGCGCGAUGAGAGAAGUCGGUGAGAUGUUGAGAAUUUUAACACGAUAAUACGGUAUCGCAGGAAUCACGCAGAAUGGCAUGAGGAUAGUUGAGAAUUUGUACAUAGUAAUUGUUUAUAUUUUUCACAAACGCGCUCUCGUCGAGACGCGCAACGAUGGCGUCGACUUACAUUAAGGACGAAACAGGUACAUUUAUCCCUGCUAGUCAACGACCUGACGGUACAUGGCGCAAGCAACGACGUGUAAAGGAUGGAUAUAUCCCGCAAGAAGAAGUUCCAUUAUACGAAAGCAAAGGAAAGCAAAUGACAAAGAAGCCUUUAUAUCCUGUGGGUGCCAGUCCCGAAUUUAUUGCGGAACACAAGGCCAAGUUAGAAGCUCUAGCGUCGAAAAACAAAAGUGCAAGCGGCGGGCAAACAAAAUCUCAAGAAGGAACCAAAAGAAAGAAAAAGAAAAACAAAUCUAAAGCUGCGGAAUGUGUGACUGAAGGAGUAUCUAAAAUAACCAUUACGGAGCCUGAUUUUCAGAAGGAAGCUUUGCCCCAGAGAAAUUCGUAUAAGGAAACUCCGUCUCAAAAUAAUCCUCUGUGCAAUGCAAAACAAAUCACAACAAACAAUAUAGUUAAAGAUAAUCCAAGCAACGCCCAGAAAGCGACAUCCGAUCCACAGAAGAGAUUGAAAAAUUUGCGCAAGAAAAUUAGAGAAAUCGAAUUGUUGGAGGAGAAAAUUAAAUCUGGUGCGUUGAAAAAUCCUGAGAAAGAAAUACUUGAUAAAGUAGCGCGGAAAACAGAGAUUUCGAAGGAAAUAAGGAGAUUAGAGUCUGCUUUAUAAAGCAGCCCUUGAUCCAAUGUGUGUCCAAUCAAAAUCAUGAAAUAUCCCAUCACAAAAUCCCUCAUCAGUAUAUAUUCUGCAUCACACUUCUCUUAGGGAAAAUCAUCAAUUUUCCCUAAUAAUAUUAAUGACGUAUCUCUUGUAUUCAAUCUUUUAUUUACUCAGUCUCUGUAUGAAUAUUAAUCAUAUUAAUAUUAUACAUUUAUAGAUUGUGCUGCAACAUUGGUUAUCAACAAUUUUAAUGUUUGUUCACAUAUAGAUAUAUAUUUGUACAUACACACAUAUAUGUAUAUGCGAGUCAAAAAAAAAAAAAAAAAUCACAUUCAUAUACAUGACGUGUAAGUUUUAAUAAAGAUAAACAGAGUUUUCACGUGUACUGAACAAGUUAUCUUGUCGUGAACACUUCAGAAAAAAGAAAGAACACAAGUUUUAGAUAGAUUUAUAUUAACGAUCGAACACUGGGAGAUCUGUAUAUCAAAAAAAAAAAAAAAGUGUUUUUAAAAAUGUAAAUUAUUAUGCAUUUAAAUAAAACUUACAAACUAUCCAUUUGUAAACAUUUGUAGCAAUAAAAUUGUAUAAAAAACA